UACUAGUGUUGUUAUAUGAUAAACACUAUUUUUUCAGAUCAAAUAUUUAUUUUGUUUGCAAACUUUGCAUAUUCAGUUAUGACUUACCACCAAAACAAAGGAAAAAAGCAUGAAAAAGGAGAGUUUAAAUGUUUCGAUUACGUGACAUUUUGGGUUGGAAAUGCAAAACAGGCAGCGGGAUUUUAUUGCACCCACAUGGGAUUUGAACCUUUUGCAUAUCGAGGACUAGAGACAGGGGAACGGAACAUUGUCUCACAUGUUGUAAGACAAAAUGAGAUCAUUUUUGUUUUCCAAUCUGCACUAAAACCUGGGAACACUUUGUUUGGAGCGCACCUGCAAAAACAUGGGGAUGCAGUUAAAGAUGUGGCUUUCUCUGUAGAGGAUUGCAAAGCUCUUAUCGAGGCGACUAAAAAGCGAAGUGAAGUUGUUGUUGUGAAAGACGUGUGGAGCGAAAGCGAUGUAAAUGGUUCCGUAAAUUUUGCAAUUGUUAAAACAUACGGAGAUACAACGCACACACUGGUGGAAAGACAUGACUACAAAGGACUGUUCUUACCAGGGUUUAAACCUCCUCUAUUCGUGCCAACUAUCUAUAAAACAUUACCAGUUCCUGCUCUCAACUAUAUUGACCACAUAGUUGGUAACCAACCAGACAAGCAAUUGGAGCCAACUGCAGAAUGGUAUGAGAAGAAUCUACUUUUUCAUCGAUUCUGGUCAAUUGAUGACGACUUAAUGCACACAGAGUACAGCGCACUCAGAUCCACAGUCGUUACCAACUUCCAGGAGACGAUAAAGAUGCCACUGAAUGAACCAGCACCGGGAAAGAGAAAAAGUCAGAUACAGGAAUAUUGUGAAUAUAAUGAUGGCCCAGGAGUUCAGCAUAUUGGAAUGAACACCAUUGAUAUUAUAUCAGCAGUAGGUUUUUAUCAUUGGG